AUAACAGAGGUUAUCUCAUUGCACUUUUUCUGUAGAGCAGGUCUAGACCACACUUAUAUUAUUUUUUACAGAGACCCAUCAAAUCCCAGCGUGGUUGUAUCAUAUAGCACGUGUUGUGUAUGAGCACUAGGGGCGUUUGAGUCCGUUUAAAGGGUUUAACCAACAAAGCUACAGCUACAUCAACACAAGGUAAUGGCACAGAGCACCAGCUAGAAGAACCAAACUCACCGACGGUGGAAAAAAAGAUCAGAAAAUGGAUCUAAUGAAUAUAAAUCGGCAAUCUGAUCUUAAAGAAUCGAUUGGAUUCAAAGAUAAAGACCCAGACUGCCAACAUGGUUCAGAGACAGAGGACGAACCUUUGCUCCGGGAAAACCCCAGACGAUUUGUCAUCUUCCCCAUUCAGUACCCCGACAUCUGGAAGAUGUACAAGCAGGCACAGGCCUCUUUCUGGACGGUGGAGGAGGUUGAUCUAUCCAAAGACUUGGUACACUGGGACCGUUUGAAACCUGAGGAGAAACACUUCAUCUCCCAUGUCCUAGCCUUCUUUGCCGCAAGUGAUGGUAUCGUCAACGAGAACCUGGUGCAGAGGUUCUGCCAGGAGGUGCAGGUUCCUGAAGCACGCUCCUUCUACAGUUUCCAGAUCCUCAUCGAGACCGUUCAUUCAGAGAUGUAUAGCAUGCUCAUCAACACUUACAUCAGGGACCUGAAGCAGAGGGACUACUUAUUUAACGCCACUCAGACCAUGCCUUGUGUGAGACGAAAAGCAGACUGGGCCCUCCGGUGGAUAAAUGACAGCAAGUCCACAUUUGGGGAGCGAAUUGUGGCUUUUGCAGCAGUGGAGGGCAUCUUCUUCUCCGGCUCAUUCGCUGCCAUCUUUUGGCUCAAGAAGAGAGGACUAAUGCCUGGCCUUACCUACUCCAACGAGCUGAUUAGCAGGGAUGAGGGCCUGCACUGUAACUUUGCCUGCCUGCUGUACAGCUACCUGGUGAAGAAGCCAUCAGAGGACCGUGUGAAGGACAUCAUCACCAAAGCUGUUAGCAUUGAGCAGGAGUUUCUGACAGAGGCCUUGCCAGUGAAUCUCAUUGGAAUCAACGCUUGUCUGAUGAAGCAGUACAUUGAGUUUGUGGCCGACCGGCUUCUCGCUGACCUUGGACUGGCCAAGGUAUACCAAGCUGAGAAUCCAUUUGACUUCAUGGAGUCCAUUUCAUUAGAGGGGAAAACCAACUUCUUUGAGAAACGAGUAGCGGAGUAUCAGAGAUUUGGAGUUAUGUCAAGCGUGAUGGACUGUGAAUUCACUCUGGAUGCAGACUUCUGAAACUGAGAUGACAUUAUGUUAUAUAUGACCUAUUUAUUUAUUUUGUUUAAACCGCUACUGACAAAAAACAGUCUAAAGUUCUGUUACAAUGGUAUUGCGGUAUUAUAAAGGACACAUGAAUGGUUGACAGGUUAAAGCUGCAUUCUUCCAGCAGAUAUAUAAUAAUAAUAUACAACUUUUGGUUAAUAGGGAUUGAGAAUUACACCUUGAGUUACUUAGCAGCCAAUAUACUAUAGUUUGCAAAGUGGAAUAGCAAAUGAACCGUUCAAGCCAUGCUCAUGGCAAUUUGUUUUUUUUUUACCUCAACAUUCUACAAGACACGCAUAUGAACUAAGAGAUGUCUGCCUUUUUUGAAUAUAAUGGGACUAUACUGGCACUUGGCUUGUGGUGCUCAAAAAGCCCAAAAAAUACAUUUUAAAAAGCUCAACAGCAAUGUGUUGUGAACAGUUUCAUGUAAGAAAUUUAAUAGUUCACAACAACAUAGUAGCUAAACUGCUCACAACAAAUCUGUGGAUUAUCUUGAGUAAGCGGGUCAUGAUUUCCGGAAAGAGACAUUCCUGUUAAGUUUUUCAUGUGUAUAUGUAUUCCAUUAUAUUCAAAAAAGGUAGACAUCUCUACUGCAGAUAUCUCCAAAAUUUGGCAACUCACACCAAAACAAUCUAGAUGGAUAAAUAGCACUAGAUAAGAGGGAAAAUAUGUAUAGGAUAUAUUUUAUUGAGUCUGCAGUUCUGGCUGCUGGCUUCUAUGGUGACUUGUUUUAACACUUUAUAAUGUUUUAAUGUACAAUAAAAAAAUUUGUAAAAUGAAAA